AUGGAGAAUUACCGUUGGGUUAAUGGCCCAGACUUCUUGCAGCAAGAAGAAAACGCCUGGUCGAUAACCAUUAAACUUCCCGAACCUUCUGUCGAAGAUCCAGAGCACGCUGCUAAUCAUUGCAUCAAAUCUGCGCAAUUGGAGAAAUAUUCCGAAGAAAUAGAGGCUUUAAAGAAUAAAAGGCCUUUAAAAUUGAGUUCGAUGCUGAUUACUUUAUCACCAUUUCUGGAUGAAAAAGGAAUACUGCGAGUAGGAGGUCGCUUGAAUUACGCCUCCCUUUCGUUCGACAUCAAGCAUCCCAAAAUCCUGGCUCACGAUCAUCCACUCACGCGUUUAAUCGUCAUGAGAGAGCAUGAUCUCCUGUUUCAUCCAUCUCCAGAAAGACUGCUCAGCUCAAUAAGGUCUCAAUAUUGGAUCAUUAAAGGACGAGUGGCUAUCAAAAGGUAUCUGCACAAGUGCUUUACUUGCAAACGCCACAGAGCUACUCCCUGCAUUCCUUUAAUGGCCCCGCUUCCGCGUCAUCGUCUUAUUCCGUUCCAACGUCCAUUCACUCAUGUGGGUUUGGACUAUUUCAGCCCGUGCAACAUCACCAUUUAUCGUCGCAAAAGCGGUACACUUGGAAGUUGCAGCCUCACUCGACUUGUCGUCUUUUUGAUCGCCUUUUCUUCCUUUACCGCCCGAAGAGGUUGUCCGUCAGUCGUGUAUAGCGACAAUGGAACUCAAAUUGUUGCUGGGGACAAGGCAAUCCAACUAGGCAUCGAGCGUCUCAAGGAGCAAAACAUCGUUGGUCAAAUGGUGAAACAAGAAAUCGAAUGGCAUUUUUCACCACCAUUAGCGCCACAUUUCGGAGGCGUUUGGGAAAGUCUCGUAAAAUCAGCAAAGGUGGCUCUGGAAGCCAUUGUGGAAUCACGUCCACUUACCGAAGAGCUUUUACGUGGUUUCGUGAUUCAGGCCCAAUCGUUGUUGAAUGGACGUCCACUGACCUAUGUCAGUGUGGACCCUCGAAAUCCCGAACCACUUACCCCUUAUCAUUUUUUGUUAGUCCAGAGCUCGCCUAACACCGAAGACGACGUCAUCGAGGACGAGAAACUGUAUUCUUGA